UCAGGCGGCUGAGACCUCAUUGAAGGGGAGAUGGCAGCAAACAUAGAAAAUUUGCCCGAAAACCUUCUGUUGGAUAUCUUCAUCAUGGUUCCAGCAUGUGACCUCAUUUGCAAUUGCCGGCUGGUCUGCUCUCAGUGGCGGGACUUGGUAGACCUGCCGGUUCUGUGGAAGCGCAAGUUCCAGAAAAGGGACCAUGACUCUUCUCCACAGCCAUUGGCUUUCUACAUUUUCUCCCGCCUAAAGAAGAACUUAAUCAGGAACCCUGAUGGCCAAGGUAUGUCCCCGUUUAUCUGGGAAAAUAGAGAUGCUUUGGACAGAGCGCCAUGCAAGCCCUCCUCUCCUCCUCCUUCUCCCCCCACCCCAACCCCGUCUUGCAGCAAGUCUCAGCUCAUCACCUUGAAGGACGAGGGCUACUGGGACGAACUGAUGGAUCAAGCCAGACCUUUGAUUGUCGUGAAGGACUUCUUUUCAAGAAAGCCUGGUUCACACUAUAAACUGACUGUGAAGCUGUUGUCCGCAGACUCUGAAGUCCUUGAAGAAUAUCAAUAUGAAGAAGCUGGUGUGUCAUACUGGUUUCUGGUUUCACACGCUUUUCACAACUACCCUCAAGGUGUCCGUCAUAUCCUCUUUGAACACAAACGGCAGGAGAAAGCCUAUUCCAGGCUCCUUAAUUUCCUCUUCCCAGAGCAAGGCCCAAGUGAAGACAGGCAGCCAUUCCGGGGUGGAAUGAGGGUGUUGCAAAGCAGCAUCACACUUCACCCACCACCAAUGCCAGAUGACAAUUGCUACCUCGAUCCACCAGAGCAUUCCAGCAGUGACUGA